UUGAGUGCCUUCUCCGUCUCUUCAACUGUCCACCAUGAGAGCUGUACGGAGUGCUGCUCUCCUCCUGGCCGGCGUUAUCUGGACCAUCAAUGCUCAGAGCAGCCACAACAACAGUCACCCAGGCAACCAUAACCAGGGGAACAGCAUCAACCACAUUGACAGCACCCAGACCAACCAAAAGCAGCAACAGUCGAAAGGAAGCGUCUCGGACGAGCCUAUUUCUUUCAACACCAAAGCAAAAGACGCUUGUAGCAUGGUCAUCUCCAGCCAGGCCAACUUCACUAAGCUCCGUGUCUCCUGCAAGAGCAAGGGAAAGUCUUACUGGUGUGAUUUUCUGGGCAAACCUAACUUGUGUAAAGCAUACAACAACAACCCACGCCACUACUUCACUCAGAUGAUGUGGGACUUAAGAAAGCUCCACAAUGCCUGCCAGGGUCCACGCGUCUACAAGCCACACAUGUGCCGCUCCGCCUCAGAUGAGGUCCAAAUGUCCUUCCACGCAUCCUGGCCCAAAAUCUCCAAAGUGAAACCGACACAAGCUCCUCAUGAUCGCAACGAGAACCAGCAAAAGCAGAAGCAGACCAAGUUGAGCAGUAGCACCCCUAAGCCUGCAAAACAACAGCCUAAACCCCAACAACCGGCUAAAUCAGCAUCCAAACCAGCCAAGACUGCUGCUUCCAAGCCUGUCUCUCCACGUAAACCAGUCAAGAUCACCACAGCAAGACCCACCGUGGCAGAACAGGAGAACGAAACCACCAAACUGGCAGAGGAAUAUUGCUGGAGUAGUCUUCAAGGAGUGUGCUCCUAUUUCAUUAGCUUGUUCCAGAGUUAAUUUAUCACCACCAUUGGUUUCCACGAGGGACCACAGCUGUGUGUGUUUGUGUGUGUGGUUUGUACAGUGCUUCCGAGCUUGUGUGUAUUUUUUCGUGUGUAUCUAUGUAUGUGCCG